CCUCCAGAAGGCCCCCUCUGUGGCCAGCCAGUCUGGCUCAAGGCACACAUCGAAGGAUCUUCUUCCGAUAGUGCGGUUCCCAGGUUCUCCUCCCUUGCGCGAGCGUACCUAUGCCAGGCGAUGCAGAAACGCGCGAGCUGCUGGACAGCCCGUCGCCUCACGCGGAGGUGGCUGGAGCAACAUACGAAACCCUCUGCAGCGGCCUGUUCUACCUCUCGGUCUUCCUGCUGCUGCUCCCGUUCUACCUGAUCGUCUGGCUGUGCUGCGCGGGCACCUUCCAGCUUUGGGGUCUGCAGCGGCCCGAUAACCUGAUCGUCAAGCUGCUUCUGCCCAUGCUCGGCGCCCUGGAGAGCAACACGGGGGCGGGGAUGAGCAGGAACUUCUUCCGGGCGUGGCAGAAGUGGGGAGACACGUUCUGCACGUGCAAUCAGGUCUGGAUGGGCUCUUUCAGGGAUGUUUCCAAGGCGUUCACCUCCCCACAGGCCAGGACCUUCAACCUCGGGGAGUCGGCCCUGCUCCCGGAGCGCCUGCCGGACAAGAAGAACACGAGGUGUGUCUUUCUCUUGGCCUUGUCAGAUCAGGCAGCAGGUGGUAAUGGAUGGCACGAAGCUUUCCUCAAGUGCAUGGUCGACUACACGCUGGGCGCCCAGGAUGUUGCCACUCGCCGGAGCGAUGCCACCGCCAAUUCGCUGCUGGACACGUUAGUCCAGCAAUAUGAAUCGAUGCCGCAUGGGCCCCAGGAAGAGUUCUGGACGUCACAAACUGGAGGCUGGAUUCCUUUCGUGAUCAAAUUCUUGCACUAUGUGAUGUUUGGGAUCGACCCCAGCAGUGAGGAGACCUUCAAGAUACUGAGUGCCAAAUAUCUUGGGGCACUGGACAAUCUACACUAUUGGGUUGGCCUCCAGCCAGUGCCGCCGAUCCGGGGGGGGUGAGAGCGAGAUGAUGUUGGAGGCUUCUGGAGCCGUCUUG